CGUACGGUGAAAGCGAUAUUGAUGCAUUGCAACCAGGCUGGUCUUAUUAUCACACAGGAAAUAGAGGGGCAAAAAGUCUGAAACUGAUUAAUGCUGUUACACAUAUUGAUAAGAAAGUUUGACAUCAUCAUUACCCCCGGAAAUGAGAAGAAGGUUCAUCAUUUUAUCAUAUACUUAUGUGAAGAUAUGAAGGAUAUUUCGCGACUUGGCAGAGACCUGGAAUGCUAUGCAGAAAUGAAUCCAAUCUGGGCCGGCUGUUCAAAAGUGUUAGCAGGCUGGGCUUUAGGAAUGUCUAAUGUUCGUUUUCCAGUCGAAGCCGGAUAUCCAAUCGGAGGAAAAAUUGGACCAAAAUAUAUUUUGUUGGAAACCCAUUAUGAUAAUUCGGAUUUGGAGCCUGAUAUUAUCGACAGUUCGGGAGUUCGCUUUUACUAUACAGAAAAUCUUCGAAAAUAUGAUGCUGGAUUACUUAUAAUAUCACAACCAAUUCAAGGCAUAUUGGUUCCUCCGAAUACCGAAAGGUUUAGAAUAAACGGUUAUUGUUCUAACAGAUGCUUUUCACAGGGAUUCGAUGAAACAGACUUUGAAGAAACGACAGUGUUUUCUGUAACACUACACGGCCAUCUUGCAUCAAAAUCCAUGGAGUUGAGACAUUUGAGAGGCAAAAAGGAAUUAGAGCCUAUUGCAAGCGAUGAUCAUUACGACUCUAAUUAUCAAGAAACGCAAUAUAUGGAUGUUAAGAUACGUAAAGGAGAUUCUUUUAUAAUGCAGUGUGACUACGAUACGAUUGGAAGAAACAAUGUUACCACGGGUGGCUUAAGAACAAGUAACGAAAUGUGUUUAGCAUUUGUGUUUCAUUACCCCGCAUUGAAGUUGGAUUUCUGUGAUUCCUAUGUUCCAGUUAUGGAAAGCCGGCAAGCAUUUAUCGGAUUAGUUUGGGGACUUGGAGAGUCUGUAACUAUACAGGAAGGUGAGCGUAUUGCACAGGAAGCAAGGCAGAAUCCGGUGGAAGUUAUGGAUAUUUUAGCAAAAUGGGUUUUGAACAAAAUUGAAUGGACCGAUGAGAAAAGAAAAUUUGCGGAGAAAUAUUUGACUGAAUCGAAAAGACGCGUAAUUUGCUCAUACGGGCAGAAACUUUUGUUGGGUUACACACAAGAUAUCGCGAUUCCGAAAUAUGAACCAUUUAAAAAAAGAGAUGUGUGUUCACUUAAUGGAGAAAACUCAAAUAAUGAAACAUCACCUAAAAUUGAGUCAACCAAAAUCAAUCCACCUGUAAUAUUUGUUGUUAUAGCUGCCUCUGUAUUUAUUGUUACAUCAAUUGCGGCGAAACUUUCUUUUUAAUUGUGCCCUGGAGCAUGUUAAUGUUUCUGAGUUGUCUCAAGCAACAUUGUCAGUCUAUAUUGCAUUUUCCAACCUCUUUGUUUAAGGACUUAUUGAAAGAACUAUAGAACAUGAUACGAAUAUGACACUGCGAGAAAAACAUGUUAUACAUGUGAAUGAUGAUGAAAUUCUGUUAUAGCAAGUUUACUUGCUUUUAAAGUAUUAGUUUCAGAAGUGGAAAACGAAUUGAAACAAUAAAAAUAUGUAAUAUAUUUCCUAUACAAAGAGUUUUUUUGUGCAUUUUGGCGCAAGAUAUUUUUGUAGUUAGAAAAAUAGACUUCCCAGAUUUGUAAUCUAAUAUACCUUGAGAU